AUGGCUACCGCAACUGUUCUCGAGAAAGCGAACAUUGGCGUGUUCACAAACACCAAGCAUGACUUGUGGGUCGCUGACGCGAAACCCACGCUCGAGGAGGUCAAGAACGGCCAAGGAUUGCAGCCUGGUGAGGUUACAAUCGAGGUUCGCAGCACCGGAAUCUGCGGGUCCGACGUGCACUUCUGGCAUGCAGGCUGCAUUGGGCCUAUGAUCGUCACAGGAGACCACAUCCUGGGUCACGAGUCUGCGGGACAAGUCGUGGCUGUUGCGCCCGAUGUCACCUCCCUCAAGCCUGGCGACCGUGUCGCUGUCGAGCCUAACAUCAUUUGCAACGCUUGUGAACCCUGCCUGACUGGUCGCUACAACGGUUGUGAAAGUGUUCAGUUCCUCUCCACCCCUCCCGUCGACGGACUGCUGCGUCGCUAUGUCAACCACCCCGCUAUUUGGUGCCACAAGAUUGGUGAUAUGAGUUAUGAAGAUGGUGCGCUCUUGGAACCUCUGAGUGUUUCUCUCGCGGGUAUUGAGCGUAGUGGCCUUCGCUUGGGUGACCCCUGCCUAGUCACUGGUGCUGGGCCCAUUGGUCUCAUCACCCUGCUGAGUGCUCGUGCGGCUGGAGCUAGCCCCAUCGUUAUUACCGAUAUCGAUGAGGGCCGACUGGAAUUUGCCAAGUCGCUGGUCCCUGACGUCCGCACCUACAAGGUGCAGAUUGGCCUCUCUGCUGAGCAGAAUGCCGAAGGUAUCAUCAACGUCUUCAACGAUGGACAAGGCUCGGGCCCCGGCGCUUUGAGGCCUCGCAUUGCGAUGGAGUGCACUGGUGUGGAGAGCAGUGUGGCUUCGGCGAUCUGGAGUGUCAAGUUCGGCGGCAAGGUCUUCGUCAUUGGUGUCGGAAAGAACGAGAUGACCGUGCCUUUUAUGCGCCUUAGUACCUGGGAGAUUGACCUCCAGUACCAGUACCGGUACUGCAACACCUGGCCUCGCGCGAUCCGCUUGGUGAGGAACGGUGUUAUCGACUUGAAGAAGCUUGUGACGCACCGCUUCCUCUUGGAGGAUGCGAUCAAGGCCUUCGAGACGGCUGCCAACCCCAAGACAGGUGCCAUAAAGGUUCAAAUCAUGAGCUCCGAAGACGAUGUUAAGGCUGCUUCCGCUGGUCAGAAGAUCUAA